AUGAAUAUAAAUGAACCAAGAUCAGAUCAAUCAAUAAGUCCUACUGGUCAAGCAAGUCUUAAGGGUGUAAAUUUACGAAUAGGCAUUAUUGAGUCAGUUCCAUUUUUAAUAGUUGACAAUGCAAUAGAUGCAUCUGGACAAACUAUACAAGAAUAUAGUGGCUAUAUACUAGAUCUUAUUGAUAUUUUACAAAGUCAAUUAGGAUUUAUUCCAAUUCUUCAAUUAGCACCAUCAACUAUGACAUAUAAUGGAUUAAUUCAAGCAGUAAAAGACGGUAUUUAUGAUAUAGUGGUAGCUGAUAUAACUGUUACCGCUGCCCGAAGAGAGGUAGUAAGUUUUUCUAAUCCUAUAUAUGAUAAUGCUUUAUGUAUUGUAAUGCGACAAACACGUGAUAUUAGUAUCGAUCUGUUUGCAUUCUUGAAGCCAUUUGCACUUAAUCUUUGGUUAGUAGCAUUAGCUACUUUAAUCUAUGCUGGUAUGAUAAUGUGGUUCGUGGAGAGACAUAAUAAUGAAGAAUUAGAAAAUCGAUCAGUAUUGUCUCAAAUUGUAUUGAGUAUAUGGUAUUGUUUUGGUAAUGUUGUUGGAUUUGGUGUGGAUUU